UUCUAAAGUAUAAGUGUGUAAGUGCGUGCUGAGGGAAUUUUACAAACUGAAAUUACAAUUGUCAAACCAAAUAAGAACGUUUUUAGAUCGAAAAUAAGAUAACAAUAAUAGCAGCAAUAUGCUGCGGUUUAAUGUAAAUUUUAUUGAAGACUUUGACGUAUAAAAUUUGAACAACUCGAUGCAAAGCUAUUACAAGCAAGAAAAAAACGAAACGAUAAACUGAAUUUGAACGCAUUAUAAUACGAAUUAAUAAGAUUGAGAAGACAGAAAACGCACCAACUUGAUUGAACCAACCACAUACGCACGGCGGCGUCGGCAGCUAACGCAGCAGCAGGCGUCAGCCAUGAAGGUGGACACCGUUAAACUGAAGAAAGGCUCUUCGGAGCUAACUUCAGAAUGUCGCGAAUUAAUUGAUGAAUUAACCAAACGACGCACGCGUGCCGAGCUGCUUGAAUUUUUGGACACUGUGCACGUUUGGAUUUAUGGUAAAUGUGAAUUAUAUCAUUGGAUUGAAAUAUUGGAUCGCUUUGACAAAAUACUCGAGGAGGCGGCCCGCCAUGUCAAUGCCAAUGAGUUUGUACUGCAGUGCGACACAACAUUUAUUGAAUCGGAUGUUACUCUGCUGUUGCACGUACUCAAUUUCACAACUCUGCUGAUUGAGCACUCGUUCUCGCGCCAUUUGUACAAUUCAAUUGAGCACUUGACGCAACUUUUAUCAUCACAGAACAUGGACAUUGUGCUGGCCGUGCUGAAUCUGCUUUACAUGUUCUCGAAACGCAGCAACUUCAUUCCACGUUUGCCGUUUGAGAAAAAGGAGCUGCUUAUUGUCAAACUUUUCAAUAUCGCUGAGCGUUGGGGCGAUCCAAAUUACGGACUAUCGCUUAAGGACUGCUGCAUUGGUGAGCCAAAGCUGGAGUUCCUUUAUCAGCUGUGCAUCGAUUAUGUCGAUGAGCAUGGACAUGCCGCACAGCUUGAAAUACCUGACAUGAUGGAUCUCUGCCAAACAGCGGCAGCACCCGAGGUUAUAAAAACAAUAGCCGGACAGAUCUCAAAGCCCAGUGAGGCCAUUAAGAUGCGUAUUGCACAUCGUGUGCGCCUUAUCUCUGGCUUCAACAAUUAUAAGUUGCGUUUGCAAUUUGUACAGGCACGUCUGCAGGCUGUGUCCAUAUUGAUAUAUUCAAAUGCGCUGCAGGAUAAUACAGACAAGGUGCUCUAUCCUGGCUUCGGCGAGGAGCUAUGCGAACUGAUCGACAAGGAGGAUGUGCAUUUGGUGGAAAUACGUGCCGCAGUGCUGCGCACACUCACAUCAAUGCUACACUUUGAUCGCAAUCCCAGUGUGCCAAGCAGAGCUGGAUCCCGUUUGAUGAAAAUUGUGCAUUAUACGGGCGCUGAACGACAGGGCGGUACGUUGCCGCUGCUGGUGCGCGAUUGCAUCGAUAAUUUAACCACACAUGGCCUAACGGAGCGUUAUCCAUUGAUAUUGGCCACCUCGCUAUUCUCGCUGCUUUACCAUCUGGCCAGUUAUGAGCUGGGCGGUUCGGCACUUGUCAAGAGCGGCAUGAUGCAGUCACUGUUGCGCGUCAUAAGCUGGCCCGGCGUUGAUCUGGAGCACAUAACAUUUGUGACACGCGCAGUACGCGUUAUUGAUCUAAUCACCAACAUAGACAUCGCACGUUUCCAUCAGAAUAAUGGUCUCAAUGUCUUUAUCGAUCGUCUCGAGAAGGAGAUCAAGAGCUGUUGUCGUGCCCUGGCCGAAAUUGGCAUCACACUGAAGGAGUCAACGCUGCGCGACGAGCACAGCCUCACAGAUAAAUUGGACAGCUCGCUGGAGCAGGCAGAUGAUGAUGAUGCUGCCACGGAGAAUGCAUCGGUAGCCAGCGGCAGCGCAUCGCCGCGUCGCGAUAAUUCGAGCAGCGAUGGCAGCGGUAGUGCCAGCGAUCAUGCUCAGCGUGCCUAUCGCGUCUAUAUGGAGCACAGCGGCGGUGAUCAGCCGCGAGGUGCUGGUGCUGGCACACCUGCCGGUUGGAUGGACAUUCGAUCACGCGGUUCGGGCAUACAUGCGCUGAGCAGCCUGGCCGCAGCAGCCAGCAGCAGCAGCGGCGGCGAUGCGGCUGCACGCGGCAGACCCGUACAGUAUCCAGCCAAUAGCUAUUAUGCGCGUCCGCUCGCCGAGCGCAAAGCAGAGCUGUCCUCACAGCUGCCCAGCAGUUUGCAGCCAAAGAAACCAUCAUGUGUGACCCAGCGGGCGGCGCUGCUAAAAUCAAUGUUGAACUUCUUAAAGAAGAGCAUACAGGAUCAUGCACAUUUUAGUAAUAUGCGCAACAUUAUGGAGACCAGCUUGACACAAUCGCUGCGUCACAUUAUCGCCAAUGCCGAGUAUUAUGGGCCAUCAUUGUUUUUGUUGGCCACCGAUGUGGUCACCGUUUAUGUAUUCAAUGAGCCAUCGCUAUUGUCGUCGCUACAGGAUUUGGGCAUAACCAGUGUGAUGCUUAAGGCGCUGCUGCAAAAGGAUGUGCCCGCAACACGCGAGGUGCUUGGCUCCUUGCCAAAUGUCUUUUCGGCGCUGUGCCUUAACGAGCGGGGACUCUUUGAGUUUUUGUCGUAUGAUCCAUUUGAUAAGGUAUUGAAGGUUCUGCUCUCACCGGACUAUCUGGUGGCUAUGCGCCGACGCCGCAGCUCAGAUCCAUUGGGUGAUACGGCUACCAAUUUGGGCAAUGCCAUGGAUGAUCUUAUCAAGCAUCAUCCAUAUUUGCGUUCCGAUGCUACCGAAGCAAUUGUGCGGCUGCUUAAUGAAUUGGUGCGCCUUGGCUCUGAUCCCAGUUUUAUAUGCUGGCGUGCCAAUAAGGAGAGCAGCGCGGCAAAUGCCACACACAGUGCGGCACCAUCAACGCCCUCUCCAUCGGCUAUGGUCAUGGUGGCAGCUGGACCUGUGCUGCAGAGUGCUGCAGAUAAUAACGAUAGCAGCGGCGAUGAUGAUGAUGAUGACGAUGAGAUGAGCUCCGCAUCACAGCAGCAGCAACAACAACAGCAGCAACAGUCGCGUGCAGCACAGCAGCAGCAGCAACAACAGCAUCCUAUUGCAGUCAAUCGCCCACAGCAGCCGCAACAACAACAACAACAAAUGCAGCAGCAGCAGCCGCAACAGCAACAACAGUUGCAAACGCAACAGCAGCAAACACAACAACCGCAACAGCCUGAACGCGAGGCCAUACCCCUAAUUGAUUAUAUACUUAAUGUGAUGAAAUUCAUAGAGGCAAUCUUCAGCAACAGUCCAAAUGGUGAUCAUUGCCGUGAGUUUGUACAAAAGGAUGGCUUAACGCCCAUAUUGCAGCUGCUAUCGCUGCCCAAUUUGCCGGUAGAUUCGCCCGUAUCAACCACAUCGCAGGCUGUGGCCAAUGUCUGCAAGGCCAUACUGAGUCAGGCACAGGAGACCAAAGUGCUGGAUGUGGCGCUCAAGCAGCUGGCCGAUAUUGUGGCACAACUGAAGCCACUCAUCAAGCAUUUCACAUUUCCCGGCGGCAGUGUUCUGCUCGCCGAGCUUGUCUGUUGUCAGCGUUUGGAGGAUGGUUUUGCCAAUGCCGAAUAUACGCCCAUUUUGCACAACAUGAGCUUUGUGCAUGGCUAUGUGGUGAUGUUGGUGCAUCUGUGUCGCAAUGCAUCCACCGAGAUGCGAACGGUGCUGCUGAAACGUUGGGGCGCCAAUCGUGAGACGGGCGUACAGCUGCUACAACAGCUUGUCCAGCUGUAUAUAUCGCUGGUGUGGGAGAGCACCAUAUUAUUGAAUUUAUGCUCGGAUGAGCCCACACAGCAUCCGGAUCUCAUUUGGGAUGAAAUCGCUGCACAAAUGUCUGCCGCCGCCGGCACAGCGGAUCCCAUGACUGAAGCCGAAUUGUCGCGUAAAUUGGAACGCGCUGCUGAAUUUCGUACCAAAUAUACACCCGAAGAGCAAUUUCGCUAUAUCAAAUCCCUAUUGGCGGCAAGUUCGCGUCUGGGACGCGCCCUAGCUGAAUUGCUGGGCACACUGGUCAAGCUAUCGGUUGGCUCACCACAGACGCGCCAGCGUCGCAUCAAUGACCUCAUUAGCAACAUUAAUAAAGUUCCUACGCCCGAGGCGCGCGAAAUUGCCCGCAUACUCAGCUCGAUACUGGUGAAUGGAUUUAGUCAUGAGAGCAUUUUACCAAAACCGGUGCCCAAAUUGAAACUAACCUUUCUCAUCUGUUCGGUUGGGUUUACCGGUCCUAUGCUGUUCGAUGAUAAGCGCAGCGCCUUCCAUUUGAUGAUCUCACAAUUCUGUGCUGAGAAUGGCCUGAAGGCAUUUUUCGAGAUGUUCUAUUGGGCCCUGUCACUGGAUAAUGUCUCGCAGAAAUUUGUAUUUGAUCAAUGGGCACCGCUGGAUGAUCUAAUGCAAUCGCACGAAGAUGAUAAACGAGAUUGUCCAGAGGGUACUGGCGAAUUUUUGGAUGCCUGGCUGCAGUUGCUCGAGAAAAUGGUGAAUCCACGGGCCAUGCUCGACUCACCAUACACAAUGAGUCCACGUCUCAAUUAUAUGCCGGAUAGUGUGCCAUUUGAGCCAAUUUUCUAUCUCAUCCAUAUCCAUCAGCUGGCCAUGCAGGCGCUGCGUCGCAUCUGGUGCCGUCGACCCAUACCAAAUUAUGGCGCCAGCAUGUUUGAGACAAUCCUGCUGAUACUCAAACAUCUCAUCAAGUCACAUCAGAUGCUGCUCGAUCGCUAUCAUACGCGUAUGAAGGAGAUCAAAUUCGAGAAUCUUUAUAUACGCAGCACCGACGAUGGCCUCAAUGCGGAUCACAUCAAGACUCUGACCGAUAUGGGCUUCCGUCAUUAUCACAUUAUCGAAGCGCUGCGCAGUAAUGCCUCACUUGAGGAGGCCACCGAUUAUCUGCUUAACAAUCCGGAGGCAAGUGCUCUAUCCCAUUCCGGACAGGGACAGACUGGGCCCGGCACUGGUACUGGCUCAACACAAAGCCUAUCACAGGGCAGUUCCGCAUCGAAUGCAGCUGUUGCUGGUGAUAUGGACAUUGAUAUGGAGUUGCCGGGCAGCGGUGGUGCCGCCGCCAAUGCUUCCACAUCCAGUUUGGCCACAGAUGCUGCCGGUGAUGCUGCUGCCGCUGCCACUGCCGCUGCCGCUGCCGCACCCGCUCUGGUUGUCAAACCGGCCGCAACAAGCGGCUAUGAUUAUAGGCAAUUGAAAUUGAUGCCGCCAUUCAUAUUUGAUCGGUUCUGCGAUGAGGCCGUGUCGCGUGCCUUUGAAUUCAUGGAGGCCAUACCGGAUACAGUCAAUAGCGCCGCCGAUCUUAUAGCGGUCCUCUACAGACGCCUCAAUCAGCUGAAUCGUCAGGUGUUUGUCACCAAUUUUGUGCGCAACAUUAUACAGUGGGUGGACUUUACGCUGCAGCUAUUUGAGCCGGCAUCAGCGGCAGCCAGUAGCGGAGCUGCAGGUGCCCAAUCCGUACCCAACCAGCCGGGCAAUGGCAAUAAUAGUAAGCCAGCGCCGAAGCCAGGUCGUUUGGAGGAAUGCUUGACAGGCAUGACGGCUACACGUUUAUUUGUGCGAUUAAAAACAUCCACAUUGUUGCUGGAGGAGAACUACAGUGAUAUGCAUCGUCCAUUGGUCGAGGCGAUAACUGCACAGGAUGCGAUGGUCUCGCUUGUCAAAUUGCUUGACUGCAUGAGCCAAUGGAUGUUGGAGCAAUCGCAAAUUGUGGAUAACCAGACACGUGCAACGGUGCCGCGUUGGGUGCAAAAUCUGGUCGAUCUCAUUGAUGCCAUCGAUAGCAUCAGUCAUAUAUUGCAGCGCAAGGCCAACAUGCGUGCGGUUAGCAGUGAUCUGUGGCGUUGGUAUGAUGCCUCCACGGGCAAAUGGAAUGCCUAUUCGGAGGCUAACAAUGAACUAAUACGCAGCGCCUAUGCUGCCGGCGAGCGUUGGCUUCACAUCAACAUUGGACGCCAGCGUUGCACGGUUAGCUUCAAUUGCAUGACCCAGGUGAGCGAUGCCUCUGGCAGUCAUCGUCCCGUUUAUCCGGCGUUGAAAAUAUGCGAGGCCAUCAGUCAAUUGCAAAAUCCGAUAGCUCCACAAAAAAUUGAUAAUAUAUUGAAUCGUGUGGUGCGCACAGCGCCCGAUGGCAACGGUACCAUACAAUCCGAUGAGCUGGUGCCGUUGCGUCAGCUUAUCAAUUUCAAUGAACCCGCCACAGCACCACCACCGCCAACGCAGGAGUCGUCGUCGUCAUUGUCGUCGGCGGCGGCGACGGCACAGGGCGAGGAGUCGACCAGCGCCGCAACUGCAGCCAAUGAUGAGCUGGGUAGCAAUUAUUCACCACCGCCCGCCAUGACCACGCGCAGCAAGUCGCGUCAGAAGAGCGCUGCCGCUGCAGCCAAAGCAAAGGCAGCCGCAGCUGCAGCAUCCAACACUGGCACCAACAACAACAACAACAACACUAGCAAUGCCACCAGCACCAACACGACGGGCACAUCCGCAAUACCCAAACGCACCCAGAAAAUUGUGCUGAACGAGGAGAAUGUGGGUCUCAGUAAAUUCGAUUGUGGCUACAUUAUUGGCAGCAUUGUGGCCCUGUUGCAGCCCACCCAGCUGCUGCAUCACGAGACAAAGUUAUCCCUGUUGCGGCUAUGUGCGCGACUCACGCGCAACUUUGAGAACGCCCAGGUGUUCAUACGCUGUGGCGGUGUGCGCAUGCUGCUCCAUUUACAGCAGUCGUGCAGCUUUAUGGGCUUUCCCACCUAUGCCAUUAUAAUAUUGCGUCAUGUGCUUGAGGCGCCACCGGUGCUGCAGGAGGCCAUGGAACGUGUGCUGGGCAUGCGCGCCGCUGGCAUUGUGCCGGUGGGUCAUCGUGAUCUCAUCUAUGUACUUACCCAGGUCUCGACGGCGGUUUCCCGUGAUCCAAAGAUUUUUGUGGCCGCUGCCAAGGAGAUGCUCAAGGGCGAGUAUAUGAUCAAUGCGAACAGCACCAGCAAUUUGAUUGAUGAUGGACGCGUCAUGGUCAAAUCCAAAUUUGGACAACAGCCGAACGCAGCAGCCGCAGCCGCAGCCGCUGGUGCUGGUGCUGCAACAUCGGCCACACAGAAAGAGACACCACCGACCAAAGAUGACAUCAUCGAUGAUCCGAUGGUGCAAUCAUCCAUUUCUGUGCUAAAGGAGCUGCUCCUGGCACUGGUUCAGCCCUGUUGCCAUUAUGGCGGCACCGCUACCGAUCAACAGCAGCAAAAUGCAGCCGAGCUGCUGCUGCCAGAUCAGCCGCCAGGCGCUGCAGGCUCUAUUGGUAACCCCGAUGAUGAGGAAACAUCGCAUACAUUGAAGAAAACUGGUGGCUCAGCGACACCAUCGACUGGUGCUGGUUCUUCGGCAGCCGGCGGUUCGGAUAAGUUCGAGCCCUGCUGCUGUACCUGGCAUAUACCGACCAGUGCACAUAGCCACAACAAGCCGACAUUGUCGCGUGCCACAUUGCUUAAGCUAUUGGCGGACACGACGCGCGCGUAUCAAUCGCUGGUGCCGCGCGUGCUUCUCUCGCAUGUUUAUGCGCCAGCGGAUAGUCCGCUGAUUGGCAGCGGGCCGCAAACAUUUUUGGCUGUGCUGUUGGAUCGUUUCCUGCCGCUAACCCAGCGUCAACAUGUGCCCGAGGUGAGCACCAUGGCGCGUGUGCUGCUCUGUUCGCUAUCCGAUUGCUAUCAGCAGACGGGCGUUCAGCAGCAGGUGGCCGAGGAGCUGCAUGCGGCCGUGUCACGUACACUCGCUCAACCGGACUCGGCGGAGAAGCAUACACGUCUUCAGGUGCUAAUGAGCCUGUUCCCCAAUCUAAUUGAAUCGCCCAUGCUGUACGAUAAGGUACAUAUGCAUCGGAAUACCAUGUACCGUGUGCUGUUGCGUCAGGGUGUCAUGACCUAUCUGACCAAGGUGGCCCAAUAUAAGGAUUUGUCCAAUCACAACACACUGAGCACCCUCGGCGCCAUAUUGCGUCCCAUGGAGAUACUGUUGCGCUUCAAUGUGGCCACAACAACGCUCGGCUCGAAGCGCAUACUCUUUGGCGGCGCCAGUUCGGCCGCCAACGGGGCCAACAAUGGCAACAGCAAUGCCAAUGGCCUGAGCGGUGGCAAUACGGUGAGCGCCAUUAUAAAUCGUCGCCUCUAUCCCCGUCUUGCUGCACGCACCGCGGUCAGCGCCGCGGUGGAUCGCUCGAAUGCUAUGGGCGGUGGUGAGCAUGUACUCCGGGAUAUUAUACGCAAUGUGCUAUCGGAUCGUCGACAUGCAUUUGAGUUUAUCUUCAAUUCGGAUGAGAUGGCUGUAGACUCGGAGGAUUCAGCACCGCAGGCAGCGUCUGGCUCGGCCGCUGGCAACAGCGGACCGGGCAUAAUUGGUAAUCACAAUGCAGCCGCCAUCGAUGUGGUCGAUGAGCGCAGCAAUGGCACCGAGGCCGCUGAGCCGCCGCCACCCGCUGCGGCAGCCGGCAGCGCUGUGCGUCCGGUGCUAAAUUUCGAUCAGCUAUGGGAUGAUUUCCUGCAAUGCGAGGGUCUCUUUCUGGCCUCGCGCGGCCAGAACAGUGCCGGCAAUGGCAAUUCCAAUGGUGCUAUCGGUCCUGUCACCGCUCAGCAGAAUAUCAGCAAUGCCAGUGGCACGGGACAAGCCCUUGGCGUCGUCAUUGGCAGCUCAGCAGCCAGCUCGGCCGUUGGCAACAUAGGUGAUCCACGUUUGCGCAACAGCUCGGAUGUCGACGUUGACGGCAGCGGCGGUGUCGGCGGCGGCAGCAAUUCGGCUGGCAAUGCUUCCGGCAGCGCCGUCAAUGACAACGGCUUGAGCGGCAACGGCGGUGGCAGCGGUGGCGGCGGCGGCGGCAGCGAUGGCGCCUCCACAUCAUCGGAUACCGGUGGCGGUAACGGCAACGGUGGCAGCACUGUUGGCGGUGGCGGUGGCGGUGGCGGCGGUGGCAGCGGCGGCGGCGGCGGCAGCGGUGGCAAUGGACGUGGUCCACGCAUUGCACGCGAUAUGAACGCCUCGUUGUUGGGUGAUGUGAGCACAAGUGAUUCAGAUUCGGAGGCAUCUACCGAGAAUGAUGAACGCAACGCUGAGGAGGAAGACGAUGACGAUGAUGAUGAGGCCGCCGACGAGGAUGUGGACGAGCAUAGCGAGACCGAUGUGGAUGAAGAGCGUCCGCGUCAAUUUAUUGAAGUAUUUGACCAUAUCUAUGAGCCUGAGUCCUCAGAAACGGCAUCAAACGAUGCCGAUGUCGAUGCCGAGGAUGAUGAUGAGGAUGAAGAUGAGGAUGACGAUGACGACGACGAGGAUGAUGAGGAUACACGUGCUCGCAACGCUGAUGAUGCUGCUCUAAUCGACGAAGUGCUCGCCCAAGUGAAUGGUACCGGCAACAGCACAAGCAGCUCGGCAGCGGCCAAUUCCAAUAAUCGACCACGUCGCAGUGCCGCCAUUGAGCCCAACGGUGGCACCGGUGCCGGCAACGACAAUCGCAUGGAUGACUCGGGCCGCGAUGCCAAUGCCUAUUUGUAUGAGCGUCUGGGCAGUGACAGCGGUGGUCAUGGUAGUCAUGGACACGGGCAUGGACACUUGAUGCCACAACCACCGUCCAAUUUCCGGGUGCGCAUGAAUAGCUCGAUUGCCCUACCCCUGGAUAUUGAUGUAAAUGGUGGUGGUGGUGGUGGUGGCGGUGGUGGUGGUGGUGGCGGUGGUGGUGCCUCGUCCUCGUCAGCUGCAGCUGCCGCCGGCGGUGGACGCAACAAUUCGACUGCCAAUUCUGUGGCAGCCGCAUUGCGUUCCUCAUCCGAUUCAUGGAUGGCACCAGACUUCAAUUUCAUUGGCAGAAGCGGCGCCGAUGCCAAUGCGGCUGACGUCAAUGUAAAUGCAUUUCUGCCGCCCGCCAUGGUUCAAAUGGAACGCAAUGCCGGCGGUGGAGCUACCAAUAAUCAGAAUAUGAGCAAUCUGCUCGAUGAACAGCCACCAGCUGCUGCCAUUGGCACUGGCAAUACUGGCACUGCCAGCGCUGGCGGCGCCUCCACCACAGCCGCCAGUCAUCCCAAUAACAAUUCCUCGCUGUGCAACAAUGGUGUGCGCCGACGACUCCUCUAUCUGGAUCAGCAGUACUGUGUGUGCAUGCCAACCCAUCAGAAUCCAACCGAGGAGACACAAAUGGAGAUGUUCACCCAGGACGCGCUCCAUUGGUGGCUGGAGGAAGCCAAAGCCCUAGACAUGGAAAGUCAAACCGAUGCAUGCCUCUAUGCGGCACAUUUCCUGCUGCCGCAUUUGAUCAAAGAACUGAAAUUGGCUCAUCAGCAGCGCAAACAGGAGGAGGCCAAUCGUCAGGCGUCAGCAGCAGCUACUGCUGCUGCCAUAGCUGCCGCCUCCAAUUCUGGUGCUGGAGCUGCAGCUGCAGCUGGAGCUAGUGCUGGUGCGGGUGCGGGUGCGGGUGCUGGUGCUGCCACCACUGCCGCCGCCGCACCCGCUGAACCAGCCGCAGCUGCGACAGCUGCAAAUCCAAAUCUAAAUGCCAGUGCAAGUGCAAGCGCAAGUGCAAGUGCAAGUACCAGUGUCACAACGGGCGUGAACAAUGUCAACAGUUGGCUAACGAAUUCAGCUUCGACAACCACAACCAGCAGCAGCAACAGCAGCAGUAGCUCCAGCGCGAUAGCGCCGCCGCCGCCACCGCCGGGCGCGGCAACAACAACAACAACGGCGGCAACCAACAAUUUCCGAAGUUCGAUACCCCGACUGAUUCCAUCGAUGCAGUUCGUGAAUGCCGCAUCUCUGGCAACGGUGACCACAGCAACGACUCCAUAUGGCGGUAGCAGCAUUGUAACCGCCAGCACCACAAUUCAGCCAACACUGGCGGCCACCAACAGCAGCAACAACACCAGCAACAACAGCAGCAGCAGCAGCAGCAGCAGCAACAAUACAGCUGCUGCUGGCGGCGGCGGCGUUGAGCCACGACGUCCACGUCAUCGCAGCAAUGCCUCGCGCCAUCAGGCGCUCUAUAAUAUCUAUGCUGAAAUUGAUUUGACCAAUGAGCAGGAGUCGGUUGGUGCCUCCGGUGCCGGUGCGUCGGGCAUUAACGAUAUGCCGCCACGGCCUCCGCAACAUUCGCAGCCGCAACAGCAAGCGCCGCCACAACUGUUCCCCAGUGCCCAGGGUCCGUCGAAUGCGGCUGGCAGUGCUAUACCGCCAUCGCAUCCACCACGUCAUCCACCAGUACCACAUCUGCCGUCCAGCGGUCGACCAUCGCGUACUCGUACACGCGCCGAAGUAGCUGAAAUCCUGGAGUUUGGGAUGAACGAGCCACGUCAGAACUCGACGCGCCGCAACAACAAUGCCAAUGCAAACGCGAACUCAUCGCGGACCGCCGGCGCUGGCCCGUUGAAUGCUCGACAAUCGGUGCCCAAUCGCGAUAUGCCCGCCGCCCGCCUGCAACGUGUAUCGAUACAGGCCGGACGCAGUAAUUCCGGUGAUACUGGCUCCAAUGAUGAGCAAUGGCGCGAUUCGCCAGUUCGCAUGCCGCCUAGUGCUGAUAUGAAUUUACCGUUGCCGCCAACGCUGGAUGUGGUGCCAGGCAUGCUGAAUUUUACCGAUCCUCCACCGCCACCGCCGCCAGAACAGCAAGAGCAGCAGCAGCAACAACAGUCACAGCUGCCAUCGAAUGAUCCAGAAGAAGUGGAGCAGCCGGAGGAGUCAGAAUCCGAGCAGGACCUGGUGCCAGAUUUUUCUGAUGUUACAGAUCCAACCACUCUCUUUGCACCGGCCCCGCCAGCGGUGUCUAUAUCCGAGCUGGCCGCUCAGCUUAUGGCCAAUGACCAGCACGAUGAGGCACGGGAUAUAUUGAGCACUGUACCUGAACCCUAUCAUCAGCUAAAUCGCGCAACUCUAUCCGCUGUGGCCGCAGCUGUGGUGGCUGCCGUUGAGGCAGAUCCAUUGCCAGAUUUGCCCGAUAUAGAGCCGCCCGAAUUGGAUUUAGAGGUGCGUCCCCAUGACCCGGUACCCGAAACAGAUUCUAGUUCUGGUCUAGAUUUCGGUGCCGCCGACGAAGCGCCUGCCAACGAUGUGGAGGCUAAUAGCUUAGAAGAUACUGCUGCUGCUGCUGCUCCUCCUCCUGCGUCUGCUUCUGCUUCUGCUGCUGCUGCUACUGCUACUGCUACUGCUAGUGAAGCAGCACCAGCAGCUGCAGCUGGCGGCGCGACAGGAGGCUCCAGCGCUACAGCCAGUGCCGUUGUCACAGACAUGAGUCCCGAGGUGCGUGCCGCAUUGGGAGACCUAGAGGUGCCAGAGGGCGUUGAUCCCUCAUUCCUGGCCGCCUUACCCAGCGAGAUGCGCGAGGAGGUUAUACAGGAGCAUUUGCGGAUGCAGCGCAUACGCCAGCGUGCCCAGCAGAAUGCCAUACAAAUUGCACACGAUUCACUGGUCGAGGUUAAUCCCGAAUUUCUGGCCGCACUGCCGCCCAACAUACAGUCGGAGGUGCUUAUGCAGCAGCGCAUCGAACAGCAGCGUCAGGCGGCGCAGAGCGCCAAUCCCGAUGAUCCUGUCGAUACCGCCGCAUUCUUUCAGAAUCUGCCCGAAAAUUUGCGUCAAGCUAUACUAACCGACAUGGAGGAGUCACAGAUAGCCAGCCUGCCACCGGAACUGGCUGCCGAGGCGCAAUUCCUGCGUCGCGACUGGGAAUCGCGCAACGGCGCCCGCAUGGAUGCCCAUCCACCCAGCAAUGCGCUGUCCCGCUUCCAGUCAACUCUGCAGAAUUUGGAUGAGGCGCGCUGGCAUAGCGCCAUUUGGUACGAUGCCAGCGGCAAUGCGCAGCCGCAACAUCAUCAGCACACGACAAUUGUGCAUCAUCAUCACAUUGCGCCGAGCACUGGAAAGCCGCUCGCUCUGCUCAUGAUGGAGGAUGAGAAUAUACUGCUGGAUCCGGAUUCGCUGGCCACGCUUUUGCUGUUCCUCUUUGUUGAGGAUCAGAAGGUGAACAGCGUGCGUUUGCAUCGCGUCAUACGCAAUCUAUGCCAUCAUGAGCCAACACGCGACUGGAUAAUUAAAGCCCUGAUUAGCAUCAUACAGAAGACAAACGAGGAUAAUUCGAAUUUUGGUGCAGCCAAUUCGGGCAGCAAACCCGAAUGGCUUAAGCUGCGCGUCGAUGCCGCCUUUGGCUAUAAGAGCAAUAUAUUCCUAAUCAAUCGGAUGUACGAGGGCAGCGCACGCAGCAUCAGCAUCAAUCCGCAGGCAGCGCAAAUGAUAGUGCGCAAUUGUCUUGAUUUGCUCUUCGUCCUGGCCAAGCACUAUCCAUUCAGUUUCUUGCCCUACAAUCGUGAGCCAAAAGCGCGCGCUCGCAUGCUCAGCGCCGUCUUUGGCAUGCCCAAUGCGAGCGCCUCGGCACGUCUCGAUGAUCCGGCAGCCGUGGCCAGUCUUGUGGCAGCUGGCAAUGCUGCUGCUGCUGCUGCUGCUGCUGGUGCAAGCAGUGGUGCAGGUGGUGGUGGUGUAGGCGGAGAUUUGCGAUCACGAUAUCAUCGCUAUCAAAUGGCCAAUCGCCUGCGCGGCAUUUUGGAUGAGCAGCAACAGCAUCAACAGUUGCAACUACAGCUGCCCAAGGCGCAGCCACUGGAUGAGGCGCCAUCCACAUCGAAAGCGGCUGCUGCCAAGGCAGCUGCCAGCGCCGUCAAGCCGAGCAGUAACAACAACAACAACAACAACAACAUUGUUGAUGGCACCACCGUUGCCUAUCAAACAAAUGCGCACAACUUCUGGGACGUGGUGCUAAAUAUUGAUCGUCAGACUCCGUUGCGUUUGGCCAAUGUGUCACAGUUUCCAUUAACCUCACAGCCGGCCUGGAAAUGGCAGACCAAUAAUAGCGAAUUUUUAUCCUUCACCGAUUCGCCGUUUGGCCAGCUGCUCGAGAUGUUGCCGUACAAGGUUAUCUGCCGUUCGCCGCAUUUAACUGAUAUGCUGGUCAAGCUGUUGGCCUCGCUUAGCGUUGAUUUGCCCAAAGAGGAGGAACAGCAGCAGCAGCAACAACAACAACAACAACAACAGCAGCAACCACAACAGCAGCAACCACAACAACAACCACAACAACAACCACAACAACAACCACAACAACAACCACAACAACAACCACAACAACAACCACAACAACAACCACAGCAGCAGCAGCCGUUGCCGCAGCAGGAUGAGCAAAUGCCAACACAACAGCAACAACAACCACAACCCCAACCACAACAACAGGAUGAACAAAUGCCAACGCAACAGCAACAGGAUAGUCAGUUGCCGCCACUGGCGCCUCUUAGUCAAUGCCAUGAAGAGAUGCGUGACGAUGCGAGUGCAGAGGUAGCAGCAACUGCCAGCACAGCAGCUCCGGAGCGGCCACAACAGCUGUUGGCUGCAGGUCGUCAUCAUGACUCGGACGACGAUGAGGAGGAAGAUGAUGAAGACGAUGAGGAUGACGAUGACGACGAGGAGGAGGAUGAUGAAGACGAUGAGGAUGAUGAGCUAUCGCACUCGGGUGCAGUAGGCGGAACAGUGCCAAAGCCACCACCAUCAACACCAUCGCAAUCGAAUAAGCCUCGUCGCAAAAUCUAUGCCAAGAACUUCUCUCAAUUGCAGCUGGUUAUCGAGGUGCUAACACAUCAGUGCGGCACCACCGAGGGACUGGACAAUGUUACCAAACUGAUUGUGAAUCUCACACAGUGCUCGCAGGCAUCGAAUGCCAUAUUCAUACAGUACUUGACGGCAGCCAUACUCGGCCUGGCCGAGGAAGUGCGUCAGGCUAUACAGACGCUGCUGAACGAGAUUCGCGCCUACAAUACACUUGGCGGCCAACAGCAGCUGCAGCCGAAGCCGCAACAGCCGGACAAUAAGCCCAGCAGCAGCGGCAGCGCCAGCGCCAGCGCCAGCAGCAGCAAUAACAUCAUUAACAACAACAACAAUAACAACAACAACAAUAACAGUAGUAGCAGCAGCAGCAGCGGUGGCGCCGCUUUGCUAUCCAAUUUAACCGUCCAUGAGGGCACUAUGCAGGAUCGCUUCACAUCUGAAUCGGUCAUCAUAUCGGCCCCAAAGAAUGCCAAGCCCACCUGUGAACUGCAGUUGCCCUCGAUGAAGAAGCUAAUGUCCAAUUCAUCGGCACAGCCUUAUUUCCUGCGCACCCUUAAGAUCUUCAUGCAGGUGCGUGAAAUGUACGAGCUGCAGAAUAGUCAAAAUGAUGACAACAACGAGGACAUCAUUGAUAUUAUUGGCGAUUCGGGCUCAACUGUUGGAGGCAGCGCAUCUGCCUCCGGUGUCAGCAGCAUGGACACCAACGACGCUUCAAAUGUCAAUAGUUGUUCUAACAGUAGCGCUGGCAGUAGCGGCGGCGGCGCUGGCGGCGGCAGCGGCAGCGGAGGCUCAAAGAGCGCUGCUAAGCCAACGCUUAGUCAAAUACUAUGCCUGGACGUGCUGUGGCACACGUUGAGCGAGUGCCUGGUGGCCCUGGAGGAGUCCAAGGAUGAGUUUGCUGUACUGGUGCUGCAACCGACCGUUGAGGCCUUCUUCCUCAUACACGCCUCGCAUCGGGUGACACCGAAGAAGCCAGGACGUGGUGUCGCCGGCAGUGCAACUGUUGGCUCUGGCUUGCGCGUUGUCCCCCAUCCAGUGGCAUCCGAGCAUAGUCCACAACUGGAUGAUACCAAUAGCAGCAGCAGCAGCCAAGCCCAAAAUUCAGCCAGUUUUGAUGAUGAAUCGCGCUUGCAGGAUGGUUCCACAGGCGCUGCUGGUCAGCAGGUGGCGCUAACCGCACACGAGGCCCAACUUAAACAGGAUCGUCAAAAGUUUCUACAAUUCGCCGAGAAGCAUCGCACAGUGCUCAAUCAAAUUCUACGUCAGUCGGCCACACAUCUAUCCGAUGGCCCAUUCGCCGUGUUGGUUGAUCAUACACGCAUCCUGGACUUUGAUGUGAAGCGCAAAUACUUCCAGACCGAAUUAGAGCGCCUCGACGAGGGUAUACGCCGUGAGGAGCAUACUGUUAGUGUGCGACGUAUUACCGUUUUUGAGGAUUCAUUCCGUGUCCUCUAUCGUCUCGGUCCCGAGGAAUGGAAGAAUCGCUUCUACAUUGUAUUUGAGGAUGAGGAAGGCCAGGAUGCAGGCGGCCUGCUACGUGAAUGGUAUGUGAUAAUAUCGCGAGAAAUCUUUAAUCCCAUGUAUGCCUUGUUCUGCGUAUCGCCGGGCGAUCGCGUCACCUAUAUGAUAAAUCCAUCGAGUCAUGCAAAUCCCAAUCAUCUGAGCUACUUCAAGUUUGUCGGUCGAGUCAUUGCCAAGGCCGUGCAUGAUAAUAAGCUGCUGGAGUGCUAUUUCACACGCUCAUUUUAUAAACACAUCCUGGGCAAACAGGUGAAGCAUACUGAUAUGGAAUCGCAGGAUUAUGAAUUCUAUAAGGGCCUGGACUAUCUUAUGAAAAAUGAUAUAUCGACGCUUGGCUAUGAGUUAACCUUCUCCACCGAGGUGCAAGAGUUUGGCGUCACACAAAUCCGUGAUCUCAAGCCAAAUGGGCGCGACACUGCCGUCACCGAGGAGAAUAAAUUUGAAUAUGUUCAACUCGUUUGCCAGCUAAAGAUGAGCGGCUCCAUACGUCAGCAAUUGGACGCAUUCCUUGAAGGCUUCUAUGAUAUAAUUCCAAAGCAUUUAAUAUCCAUAUUUAACGAACAGGAAUUAGAGCUUCUCAUAUCCGGCUUGCCGGAUAUUGAUAUUGAAGAUCUAAAGGCAAACACCGAGUACCACAAGUACACAUCAAAAUCGGCACAGAUUCAAUGGUUUUGGCGAGCGUUGCGCAGCUUCGAUCAGGCGGAUCGUGCGAAAUUCCUACAGUUUGUCACUGGCACCUCGAAGGUACCGUUGCAGGGCUUCGGCUCCCUGGAGGGCAUGAAUGGCAUACAAAAGUUCCAAAUACAUCGCGAUGAUCGUUCCACGGAUCGUUUGCCUUGCGCACAUACCUGCUUUAACCAACUGGAUCUGCCCAUGUACAAGUCGUAUGAUAAGUUGCGCAGCUGUUUGCUCAAGGCCAUACACGAGUGCUCCGAGGGCUUUGGCUUUGCCUAAGCUGUGCCGUCCGAACACACCCAACACAACAAUUACCAACAGCUACAGCAACACACACAAACCACACACACACACACACGAAUACACACAAUUUCAAGAAUUCCUACAACAAAAACUGCGAAGAAAAAUAAUUAGAACAGCCACAGCAAAUGUGCGAUAGCAACAACAGCGACAACAUAUACAUAUAGUACAUAUAGUUAUAUAGUAUAUAUAAAAAAAAAACAUGUUGAAUUAAUUAUUAAUUUUCGCGCGUAUAUUAUAUACAAUACAUAUAUAUCUAUAUAUAUAUAUACAUGCAUAUAUAUGUAUAUAUAUAUAUUUACAUAUAUAUAUAUUUUCAUAAAUUUUCAAAAAGAGAAAGGGAAAAACCGAAGAUAAACAGUAAAAACAAGAAGAUAAAAAAGAAAUAACAACCAUGCAAAGAGCACACAAAGAAUAACAUCAUUUAUCAUAUGGGGGAAAAAAAAAAGUAUAUCAGUCAACAUCAAUGUAUUCAAAGCUGUUUUCUUAAUUUUAUAAUUUUUUUUUGCAACCCUAUUUUUGAAAAAGUAAUAAUAACACAAAAAAUAACUAAUAUAUUUUUAUUUACUUAAGUCGAGCAUAUCCCCACAUGGAUAUGUGCGAAACAAAGCAAAUGCAAAUAUGCAGAUGACGCUUUGAUUCUUGUUUAUAUAUAUAUUUAAAAAAUUAAAAAAAAAAAUACAAUAAAAUGCACGAAAAAAAAAGGAAAGGAAGAA